AUGCAGAUACACCAGCAAGUUUCCAUUGAAGAAGCCAUACCAGACGUGAUAUUCUGUGACAAACAUUUGAAGAAGUCACUAGAAUAUUGGUGUCAUACUUGUGAGAAAGUCAUUUGUGUUGAUUGUCUCUUAAUUAAUCAUAAAAAUCAUGAAUAUUCCUCGAAAGAUGAUGUAACAAAAGAAUUAGAAACAAAAAUUAGCACUCGAUUAUAUGGUAUUCAAUCAUCAUUAGAAUAUCGAAUUAAUCAAGCAGAUAGUAUAAUAAAUGAAACUAUUACUCAUUGUCAAUCUAGUAGAUUACAAAUUACUGAAGCUAUAGCAUCAUUACGUGAAAUUGUUAAUACACACGAAAGAAAUAUGUUAGAAAAAAUUUCGGCUACUGAACAAGAACAAAAGAAACAAUUGGAAGACUUUAAAAAUCCACUAAAAAAUGAGUUGCAAAAUUUGAAUAUGCAAAAAGCAAUUUUUGAAAUACUUGUUACAAGUAAUAAUCAUACAAAAAUAUUACAAAUCAAAAAAGACUUCGAUAAUUAUAUACAUAAAACAAAAGGAACAUUAAAAUCAUUGCAAAUAUCAACUAAAACUGAAUUUUCUGUGCAAGGACUUGAUCAAUUGCAAUUUUUAAAACAGAAAAUUGAACAAUAUGGAAAAUAUAUUCAAAUUCCGGCUUACCAUAAUUCAGAACUAGAACAAUUUAUUUCUCAAAAUAGAAAAAAACAAAAAAUGAAUUUAAAUAACAGGAAUUUAAACGACUCCGAUAUGAAAAUUUUGGUAGAUAUUUUAAAAGAAAGCACAACACUUACAGAGCUCAGUCUCGAAAAAAAUCGAAUCGGCCAGCAAGGAGCUCAAUACAUAGCUGAUGCUCUAAGGAUGAAUCAAACACUUACCACAUUGUGUCUCGAUACAAAUCAGAUCGGUCAACGAGGAGCUGAACAUAUCGCAGAUGCUCUGAAAACCAACCGAACACUAACUACACUGUACCUUGGAGAAAAUCAAAUCGGACAAUAUGGUGCGCGACAUAUAGCUGAAGCUCUGAAAACGAAUCGAACACUCACCACACUUGGACUCGAACAAAAUCAAAUCGGUCAAAAAGGAACUGAAUAUAUUGCUGAUGCUCUUCAAGUGAACGAAACACUAAAUAUACUUAGUCUCGAUCAAAAUCACAUCGGACAACAGGGAGCUCAGCAAAUCGCUGAUGCCGUGAAAGUAAACCAAGUAACUAACGUUAAUCUUCCCAUUGACAUUACAUACUACUGUGACCGUUCUAUUCAGACACUUACAAUUCUAUACCUCAACGAAAAUCAAAUCGAACAACAAGGAAUUGAGCAUAUAGCUAAUGCUAUCAAAAUUAACAAAACAAUUACCGACCUUGGUCUCAAACAUAAUCAAAUAGGACAAAAAGGAGCUCAAUAUUUAGCUGAUGCUCUGAAAAUGAAUAAAGUAACCAGUUUACUUUUUUCUCUUCAAAUUUAUUAA